CUGCCUUUCCUCAUCGACUGAACCUUUUUUACUUGGCCAAUGAUGUCAUACAGAACUGCAAGAGAAAAAACGCGAUUGUCUUUCGUGAUACGUUUGCAGAAGUGCUUCCUGAAGCCGCUUCGUUAGUAAAGGAUCCAUCCGUUUCCAAAUCUAUUGAAAGAAUUUUCAAAAUAUGGGAGGACAGAAAUGUGUACCCCGAGGAAACCAUUUUGGCACUAAAAGAAGCUCUGAGUACCACUUUCAAAACUCAGAAGCAGCUGAAAGAAACUCUGAACAAACAACCGAGUAAGCUGUGGAAGAAAUCGCAAACAUCCACAAACCCGAAAGCUGCUUUGAAGUCCAAGAUUGUUGCCGAAUUCAGACCACAGUCUCUCAUUGAUGAAUUGCUGUUAUAUAAGCGCUCGGAAGACCAGAUAGAACUGAAAGAGAAGCAGCUUUCCACUAUGAGAGUGGAUGUGUGCAGCACUGAAACGCUGAAAUGCUUAAAAGACAAAACGGGAGGAAAGAAGUUCUCCAAGGAGUUUGAAGAAGCAAGUUCAAAGCUGGAAGAGUUUGUAAAUGGCUUAGACAAGCAAGUGAAGAAUGGCCCCUCGCUCACGGAAGCCCUGGAGAACGCUGGGAUAUUUUAUGAAGCACAGUAUAAGGAAGUCAAGGUGGUAGCAAACGCUUAUAAAACAUUUGCUAAUCGAGUGAGCAAUCUAAAGAAAAAGCUGGACCAGUUGAAAGCAACGCUUCCUGAUCCGGAGGAGUCUCCUGUCCCUUCUCCAAGCAUGGACGCCCCAUCUCCGACAGGCUCAGAGUCCCCUUUCCAGGGCAUGGGGGAGGAGGAUAACUCUCGCUCUCCAGUGGGUGGAAGCCGCAAGACAGUAUCUCCAGAGCUUGUGACGGAUAAUCGGGAUGUGGAAGACAUGGAGCUCUCUGAUGUGGAGGAUGAUACGUCUAAAAUUAUUGUGGAAGAGAGGAAGGAGAAGCAGGCUGCUCCAGCUCCGGCGCCUGCGAAGACUGAAAGCGUCCCCAAAGCAGUGCCGGCUACCACUGCAGCAGGCACCACUGCGGUGAUGGUGACGACGCCUGCCCAGACUCCUCCGGCUCCGAAGGUGGUGAGCGCGACGCCCAUCCCUGCGGCGCCAGCGCUUGCGUUGCCCAACCUGGCCAACGUGGACCUGGCAAAGAUCAGCUCCAUUCUUAGCAGUUUAACUUCUGUAAUGAAAAAUACAGGCGUCAGUCCUGCCUCGAGACCUUCUCCAGGAACCCCAACAAGCCCCACAGCUCUUACUAGUGGCCUGAAGACUCCUGUCAUGGGGACUCCGUCUGCUCCUUCAAAUCCGUUAGCAAAUAUUCUCUCCAAAGUUGAAAUAACUCCUGAAAGUAUUUUGUCUGCUCUCUCCAAAACCCAGACUCAGACUGCACCAGCGUUGCAAGGUUUGUCAUCCUUACUUCAGAGUGUUGCUGGAAAUACCGUUCAGUCGAGCGAAACUGCGUCGCAGAGCACUUCAGCAUCGCCAGCCAACACCACUGUUCCUUGCGUGAAGGGGAGGAAUAUUCCUUCCAGUACUCAGUCCUUUACAUCCAAAAGUUUUGGUUAUUCUCCAAACUCAUCUACUGCUGAAGUUUCCUCAACUUCAGUCAAUAAGGCUCCUGUUGGGCAUACCCCAGGGCUGUCAAGCUCCAGUUUUAAGCCGCCAACCAAUUCCUUGGGAUUUUCCAGUUCCCACCCUACCAGUCCUUCUUCCCUUUUGCCAGCAGAAACCUCACUGGCUCAAUCCUCUGAAAUUUCAAAAGCCAAGCUGGAAUCGGAACCCCCUUCUCCAAGCCUGGAGAUGAAGAUACACAAUUUCUUGAAGGGAAAUCCUGGCUUUAGCGGUCUGAACUUGAAUAUUCCAAUUCUCAGCAGCUUAGGGUCCAGCGUCGCAAUGGAAAGUCACACACCUGACUUCCAGCGUGGUCCUACCAGCACUUCCAUGGACAAUGUGGAUGGAACCCCGGUGCGCGAUGAGCGAAGUGGGACACCCACCCAGGACGAGAUGAUGGAUAAGCCGACGUCGAGCAAUGUCGACACUAUCUCCCUGCUGUCAAAAAUCAUGAGCCCUGGUUCUUCUACUCCCAGCAGCACGAGGUCACCUCUUCAGAGCCGGGACGAUGGAUAUCCCCAAGAACUUUCCAAUUCUGUGCACACCUACCGGCCGUUCAGCCUUGGCAGAGAGUCUCCGGCUGGCCUGUACAAGGAGUCUGCAGACACAAUGGAGAUACCCUCCUCUUUAAUGGACUCCUCCCAGGAGAAGUUUUACCCAGACACCUCAUUUCAAGAAGACGAAGAUUACCGUGACUUCGAUUACUCUGGGCCACCGCCAUCGGCCAUGCUAAACCUGGAGAAGAAACCCGCCAAGUCUAUCUUGAAAUCUAGUAAACUCUCUGAAGCUGCAGACUACCAGCCGGUCCUGUCUAGUUACAAUCAAAGAUCACAGGACUUUGGCAUGAAAUCGUCCUUUCCUCAGUCGAUGAGGUCUAUUCACGAUCAGAGCGAGAGCUGCAACCCGCUGGCGUCGUCUCCGGGGAUGUACGGGUGCUAUGGCCUCAGGGGAAGCAACUCCACCUCAGACGGCUCCCCUUCGCCCAGCAAGAACGAGGUGUUCUUCACAUCGGACUCCAAUCACAACAACUUGUCGAAAUCGGCGGUGCACUCUGGCCUCUCGCAGAAGCAAUACCCAGACUCACCCCAUUCGAUUCCCCACCGCUCGCUUUUCUCUUCUCAAAACGCCCUCUCCAGCCCCGCAGGUAGAGCGCCCGCGGCAAGCGUGGAGAAAUCAUUGGGUUCUUCCAUUUCUGCCACGUCGACCAUUGAGUUCAAGAACAUGCUCAAAAACGCCUCCCGUAAGCCCUCUGAGGAGAAGCAAUUUGGCCAAAUUUCCAAAAGUAGCUCCGGUGAGGGGGUGAGCUUGUCUGGGCACGGCCCGGCCGGAGCUGCCAAGGGAGAGCCGCAGCCGCCGGAGGAGCACUACCGCAUAGAGACCAGGGUCUCCGCGGCCUGCUUGGACUUGCCCGACAGCACCGAGGAGAAAGGGGCCCCCAUCGAAACGCUG